AUGGCUGAUUCUGCGAGAAUAGUCGAGGUACCGUAAUCUAUAGUAAAUACCGUUUAGUAAAUGUCAUCUACAGCUUAUCGUUGGUCAUUCUUCGACCCGGCUCAGUGAAAAUCGAGAAGACGGUCAUACACAUCAGUGGACACUCUUUGUAAAACCCGCGAAUAAGGAAUAUGAUAACUUUGUUGACAACAAACUUAUUCACAAAGUGAAGUUCCACAUUCAUGAGUCUUUUCGCAAUCCUGUUCGAUAUGUGUGUAAGCCUCCCUUCAAGGUAAUAUUAACAUUUCAAAGUUUGCAACAGAAAACCAUUUUCAGAUAACUGAAACAGGAUUCGCAUCCUUUUCUACAUAUGUAACAAUCUAUUUGAAUUUGCCAAAUCAGAAGCCGCAUAUUAUUCCAUACGAACUAAAUUUGUUCACGGGAGACCAAGAUGUCCAAGAAGAAGUUCAGAAAUUAGUCAUUCGUGGAGACGUCAUCGAUUCUUCAUUUAUUGAACAAGUCAGGAAGUUCUGCAAAACCAAGAAGCGAAAAUCCUCUGUUAUUUUCUCGCAUGAAGAAAAGUCCCCACCUGAGCCUAAAAAGCAGAAGCGUAUAAAAAAGGAAGACAAGUCUCCAUCGAAUCUGAAAAAAGAAUCGGAGAAGCAUCGAUCCUACUCAAAGUCAAAAAAGCCAAAAGAGUCAUCACCUGAAAAAUCUAUUGUUAUCCCCAAAAUUGAGAUUGAAACGCCACACGACUCUCCGGACAAGCGAAAAGACAUUCCAUCAACAUCAGAAACAAAGAGGAAAGCAUUAAAAUCGCCAACUCGCUCAGAGUCUAGGGAAUCAACAAAAAAACCGAAGAGCGCUGAAGAGAUUACAAAAAAGCUGAACGAAUUAACAGAUCCUUAUUUGAUUUACAAGUAAGUUGGCUGAAAUUUCAAUUGUGAUUUUUAUGCUAAUCGGGUUUUCAGAGCGAGUGAAUAUCUGUUGACAUUACCAAACACUACACUAUCCAGCACAACACUCCGAUUAAAUUUCGAUCUAUCUAAUUGCAGUUCCGAGGUAUUGUCUGAAAUUUCAAGAAUUCUGAAAACUGCUAAAAAGUCUAAAAAAUCGUCAUAAUGUGAUAUUUUUUGUUAGAUCAAUUGUGAAGUUGGCCAUUUGUUUCAAUAG